AAUAACUCGACCAUAAAACAAACCACCAAAUACACAUCUAAUUCAACAUUACUAAAGCUCAAAGGUUUCCUUAAUUUCCACCAUGAAUAUAAUUCAACCCACCAUUACACACCACAUAGCCACUGCACGCCGCCACCUUCCACCUCUUCAAGCCGUCAAGGACCUACUUUUCGACACUCCUAAGGUGUCGAACCCGGCUACUCGUAUAGCCGAAUCAUUGACUCAAAUGCUCCAUCUUCAAAUUGAAUCCAUCCAUGCCCAAAAAACCAUAACACAAUCUAACUUAAGUUCAAUUUUAGAAGACAAAAGUAACACUCCUAUAACAUCCCCUAAAGAUGACAUAUCAUCUAAUUGGCAAGAACUUCAUGGGUCUAAUAAUUGGGAGGGACUAUUAGACCCUCUAAAUCCUUGUCUAAGACAAGAGUUGAUCAAAUAUGGAGAAUUUGCUCAAGCAACUUAUGAUGCAUUCGAUUUCGAUCCUUACUCGGAGUAUUGUGGAAGUUGUAGGUACAACAGAAGCAAAUUGUUUGAAAAACUCGGUCUAACAAGACACGGAUACAACGUAACGAAAUACAUUUACGCGACUUCUCAAAUCGAUUUACCAGAAUGGUUAGAGAAGUCUCAAGUGGCAGAGACAUGGAGCACGCAUUCAAAUUGGAUGGGAUUCAUAGGAGUAAGCAACGAUGAGGAAUCAAAACGCAUAGGAAGGCGAGACAUUGUAGUGUCAUGGCGCGGUACAGUCUCAGUUUCAGAGUGGUACGAGGAUUUUCAAAGGAAAAUGGAGAGAUUUGGACAUGGUGAUGCGAAAGUUGAGGAAGGUUUUCUUAGUAUUUAUACAUCAAAACACGAAACUUCGAGGUAUAACCAAUCAAGUGCAUCAGAACAAGUGACAAAAGAAGUUGGAAGACUAAUACAUUACUACAAAAAAAGAGGAGAACAAGUUAGUCUGACAAUAACAGGGCACAGUUUAGGAGGUGCUCUGGCUCUUCUUACAGCAUAUGAAGCAGCAGCAACAUUUGUUAAUCUUCCUGUUAGUGUCAUCUCAUUUGGUGCCCCUAGAGUCGGAAACUCUUCCUUUAGGGACGAGUUAAAUGAGUUAGGAGUAAACACAUUACGUGUUGUCAUCAAACAAGAUGUUGUUCCAUGGAUGCCAGGAAUGGUAUUCAACGAAAGCCUACAAAAUUUCGAAGACAUAACCGGAGGAUUAGAAUGGGUAUACACUCAUGUAGGUGCAGAGCUUAAGCUCGAUGCAAGGGCAUCCCCAUACUUAAAAAGGGGUUUACACUUACAAGGACAUCAUAUGUUGGAAACCUAUCUUCAUUUGUUGGAUGGUUUCCAUAGUUCUCAAAACCCCUUUAGGGAUGAUUCUAGAAGGGAUAUUGCUUUAGUUAACAAAGAAUGUGAUCUCUUGAUUAAUGAGCUUAGAAUUCCUCCUAGAUGGUACCAAUUUGCUAAUAAAGGUCUAGUUCAGAAUGCUCAUGGUAGAUGGGUUAAACCUAAGCGGGAUCCUGAAGAUAUUCCAUCUCCUUCUACUCAUGAUGCAUCUUAUUAUUCUUACUCUACAGAAAUGCAACGUGUACAUGCUACUUACUGAAGUCACUACAAAAAUCUCAUCUGCCAUUAUUUGGAGUAUAUACUUCUCUUAUUAAUUAGUAGUUUUAACUACCAUGCAUAUUGUUAUUUGUAUUUUACUCCAUAUCAAACCAUACCAUAUCUGUACCCUCUCGUAAAAGGGAGCAGAGGAAUGUGGUCAAUUAGGCAAUUGCAUGAUCUAUGCAUUAAUACAAUUGUUUUUUGAGAGAAAUAUUGGAAUGUGUAUAUAACAAAUGCUAACAAUAUCACCCCUAUUCGAUGUUCAUAUUUCUUUUAGUCCGCUUGAUCUAGUUGAGUGAUCGAUAUAUGCUAAACCAUAGAAAAGUAGAAUGAGUCUAAUACAGGCUUAGUGCACAAUAUUUUCAAUAUGCACCGCUUCUCAAUUGGUUUUUAGUUAGCUUGUACACUUCACUCUCCACUCGAUUGACCAAAAAUUUGAGAGUGAUACACAUUGUUUUAGUGUGUAACUAGUCCAUAUAGCGCAAGUUUAUUGGAAUCCAUCAAUGAAAAAUAUCUUCCUCGUGUA